CAAGAUACAUCAGUUAAAACAACAUUGUGCCACUUGAAGAAAUCUAAAGCAAUUCAACUAUAAUGCAAUAAAAUCACUGAGAAUCAAGGAAGUAGAGUUAAUAUUGUUAAGAUUUAGAAAAUGAAGUAGAACCGUAAUAUACCACGAUCUCACUAAAUGAAGUGGAGCUGACAUGCAUGUAUGUCCACAGCAUGUAGCCCACAAAAUGCUCUUAAAUUGAAGUCUUCCAAUCCAAUCCAAACCAUGGUCCAUGAAAUCGUACCGGAGACCGUACCGGAAAAGUCAGCGAUAGGGUAUUUUAUGACAAAAUCGUUGUUUAACCGUAGUUCAACCGUUAGUACCGUUAAAUACCGCCUAUCGGUUUAGCCUCCGAUACUGGUAUUUUGUGGUUGAACCGUCGGUACGGUUUAAUGGACCAUGAUCCAAAACCAUCUAUGCGCCAAACAUGGUAAUUUAUAGGAUAUCAUAAGAACAAAUCCAAUUGUAAUUUAUACAGAUCGAGGUGGGUUAGCUGUCAGGUGGAAGGCACCAAAUAAUUGGUAUCCAAGUGCUGUGUAGCUUUCAAGCCAAAGGAAGUAUCACAAUCUCCUUGUACAUCAAAGAAUUAGUGGAUGCAACACCCAUUAAUUAGUGACAUAGAUCUGUGAAACAGGAAAAGCAGUUGACACAACAGAAGUUAAGGUUUCAAAAGAGAGACAAGUAAUCCAAGUUAUCUGUUACCUUCCAUAGGAUUAGGAACUCAGCUGUGGUUCCAUUCCAUAGUUGAAUUCUAUGUGGAAGUACGUGCAAUAUCUCCUGUGUUAACAAUUCCCCUUAUAAUCAUCUCUCUAAGAGUAUAUAAUACGUACCUUAACUUUAUAAAGAGAUGGGACAAACUUUAGAUGAAAAUAGAGAUAUCAAAACAAACUUUUGAUCCUUGUAAAGCAUGACAGACGACAUCGACCGAUUGAGAAGACAGACAUACGACAUCGAUCGGAUUAGGACAUAGAAACUGACAAAAAGUAACAUAUAUCAGUAUAUAGAAUUCAACACCUCAAGCUCACUCAUCCUAUCUGAAUCUGAUGAUUAUUUAAUAACUACUUGAUUCCUGCAUAUAUAUGCCAAAUUGUCAAUCAGCAAAGUAAUCAGCAAAGUAAUAGAAACGGGGGUGAGUGACAGAGGGGAAAUUAAGGCGAAACACCAAAGGAAGAAGCCAGCUUGGCCAACCUCCUGGUCCUGCUUGAGAACUGCGUCGCAUAUUAGAAAGGGGUAACAACUUACCUAGCCGCCGCCACUCGUUCUUCGCAGGAAGGAAGAUCCGAAAAGAGAUUAGUUAUGUGAGAGAGAGAUUGGGGACGGAGGUAAUGAAGGGAUCUCGCUAGAGGAAGGGCGCACAGGAGCUUAUGGUGGAGACGCCCACACCCCACUGGACCCCUAAUGCAAAACCAACCCACCCCUCUCUUCUCUCAUUUUCCUUCCCUUCCUUUCUACAGCAGCUUCUCCGUUAUUCAUUCCCCUUUCCGUUUCUCUUCCCACAACACCCCUCAAUUCCUUACUUACAACCUUUUCUUCUUUUCGGCUUCCCAACGUUCUAAUCCAUGGCAGAAGAACAAGCUAAGAAGGCCGAGCCCGAAUGCCCUGCCCCUCCCACAGCCGGUCCUCCGGCAGCUGCAGCUCCUGCUGACGAACCACCAAAGGACGUGGCCGAGGAGAAAUCCGUAAUUCCGGUCACUCCUCCUUCAGAGGACAAGUCUGAUAAACCUAAUGACUCCAAGGCCAUCGUACCCGUUGAGAAGGUGGCAGAAGCUGCAGUGGAAGAGGCAAAGCCUGCCGAGGGCUCUAUCAAUCGAGAUGCUGUGCUUGCCAGAGUUGAAACAGAGAAGCGGACUUCUCUCAUCAAAGCUUGGGAAGAGGCCGAGAAGAGCAAAGCUGAGAACAAAGCUCAGAAGAAGAUCUCUGCAAUCGAGUCAUGGGAGAACAGCAAGAAAGCGAAAGUCGAGGCGGAGCUCAAGAAGCUAGAGGAACAACUGGAGAAGAAGAAAGCAGAGUACGCCGAGAAGAUGAAGAACAAGAUCGCCCAAAUCCACAAGCAAGCCGAGGAGAAGAGAGCCAUGACCGAAGCGAAACGAGGCGAAGAGCUGCUGAAAGCAGAGGAGAUUGCUGCAAAGUAUCUGUGAAAUGGCGAUGUUCCUUCUUCGAUUUAGGGAUUUGAAUCGCCGAUUUGGGAAUGAGAGUGAAAGACAAUGACUGACUCAGCAGCCAGAUCAGUGUUAUUGAUCGAAUGGGCCCAAUGACAAUUAGGCCCGCAACUCAGCAGUAGAGCUUCGGUGGGCUUUAAAAUAAACGGGCCCAGGGCUUUCUUCAGAGAAGAGACGAAGAGCAAUCUUCUUCUUCUUCCCUGAUUCAGUUUUGCCUUCCAACAGAGCACCAAAGAACAGAGUACUGCAGAUGCAGUAGAGAGACAAGAGGCAGGAAACGAAAGAACACAGCGAGAUUUUUAACGAGGUUCGGCACUGGGCUACUCCUCGUCCCGGAAUAGUACUCACUA